UCCCUUACCAGAGACCAAGCAAUUAACUGAUCAUGAAUGCCAGAAGCAGCUUGAUUUCAUUCCUUCUAUCCGGCUUGUUAGAUUGUGUUCUUAUAAAAUUCUGUGUUGCUUUUGACACCAUUACACCAAUUCAAUUCAUCAGUGACACUGAAUCUAUAAUCUCCAGUCAAGGAUCUUUCAGACUUGGAUUCUUCAGUCCUGAUAAUUCGACCUGUCGGUAUGCGGGAAUAUGGUAUAACGAUCUUCCUGGAAGGACUGUCAUCUGGGUAGCUAACCGAAAUAAGCCUCUUCAAGAUUCCUCCGGGAGUAUGAAGAUAUCAGAAGAUGGAAAUCUUGUCAUUCUGAAUGGGAAGAAUGAGAUUCUUUGGUCAUCAAAUAUUUCCAAUCCGGUGAAGAAUUCUAGUGCUCAGCUUUUGGAUACUGGAAACCUUGUCCUCAAAGAUGAUUCAAGUGGAAUUACCUUGUGGGAGAGCUUCCAGCAUCCAUCGAACACAGCCACAUCAAUGAUGAAGCUUAGUACUAAUCCGAGAACCGGGGAGAAAAUGAAGAUUGCAUCAUGGAAAAGUCAUUCUGAUCCAUCUGAUGGAAUGUUUUCUGCUGGGAUAAAUGUUGUUAGUGCUCCUGAGUUUUUCGUUUGGAAUGGGUCUCGCCCAUUUUGGCGAAGUGGUCCAUGGAAUGGCCAGAUAUUUACCGGGGUACCUGAAAUGAGUUCUAGUUACGGAAAUGGGUUUAAACUGGUGGAUGAAGAAGGGACUUUUUACUUAUCAUAUACUUUUUCGAAUACGUCUUUGGUAACUAACUUUGUGUUGAGCUCAGAGGGAAAUUUGGUACAAACAUUUUGGGAAGAGGGGAAAAAUAACUGGGAGCAGGUCUGGAUGGCUCCAAGGACUGAAUGUGAACUUUAUGGAAAGUGUGGAGAAUUUGGAUACUGUGACAAAGAAAGAAUCUGCAGCUGCUUGAAAGGGUUUGAACCGAAGAAUCCAGAGGAGUGGAAGAGAGGAAACUGGACAGGUGGUUGUGUUAGGAAGAAAAGCUUGCAGUGCAAUAGGAACAAUGGUGGGAAAGCAAGCCAAGAAGAUGGGUUUGAGAAGCUGGAAAAUGUUAAAGUUCCAGACUUUGUACAAUGGUCUUUCAGGCUCGAGGAUGAGUGUAAAGACCAUUGUUUGAGUAAUUGUUCCUGUGUAGCUUAUGCAUAUGAUAGUGGCAUCGGGUGUAUGUUAUGGACAGGAGCCUUAAUUGAUAUACAGAUUCUCUUAUCAGAUGGCAUAGACCUUCACAUUCGUCUCCACCAUUCAGAACUAGACAAAAAGGAGGAUUAUGGAGCUCUUAUCAUUACUGCAGCCAUAUUGGGAACAGUAGCCAUUUCCAUCUGCACAUUUUUCUUAUGGAGAUGGAUGGUUAAACAUAGAGGGGGAAGAUCAAAACUUUUGAGUAUUGAUUCGCUCGGGUAUAAUAAGAAUCAAAUCAGAGUUCAGGAGCUGCCAUUGUUCAAUUUUGAGAUACUAGCAGCAGCAACAAACUACUUUAGUCCAUCCAACAAGCUUGGGCAGGGUGGUUUUGGUCCAGUAUACAAGGGAAAGCUGCAAGAUGGGCAAGAAGUAGCAGUGAAGAGACUUUCGAGUAAUUCUGGACAAGGACUCGAAGUUAUGAACGAAGUUGUAGUGAUUUCUAAACUUCAACAUCGAAAUCUUGUUAGACUUUUUGGCUGCUGUGUUGAAGGCGAAAAAGAUUUAGUCUACGAGUACAUGCCAAACCGAAGUUUGGAUGCAAUUCUCUUUGAUCCAACUGAGAGAAAAGGUUUAAAUUGGAGAAAGCGCCUUAAUAUUAUCGAAGGAAUUGGUCGAGGUCUCCUUUACCUACACAGAGACUCAAGAUUACGAAUUAUUCAUCGAGAUUUAAAGGCAAGUAACAUCUUGUUGGAUGAGGAACUAAACCCAAAAAUUUCAGACUUCGGAAUGGCAAGGAUUUUUGGAGGCAAAGAAGAUCAAGCUAAUACAAGAAGAGUUGUUGGAACAUAUGGUUAUAUGUCACCCGAAUAUGCAAUGGAAGGUCAGUUCUCCGAGAAAUCAGAUGUAUUUAGCUUUGGAGUUUUACUGUUAGAGAUUAUAAGUGGAAGGAGAAACUCAAGUUUCUAUAGUGAUAAACAGUUUCUUAAUCUUCUGAGUUAUGCAUGGAAAUUGUGGAAAGAGGAAAACAUUGUAGAAUUCAUCGAUGCAGUCAUGUUCGAACCAAGGUUUAAGGAAGAAAUGCUGAGAUGCGUACAUGUGGGAUUGUUGUGUGUGCAAGAAUUUGCGAAAGAUCGGCCAAGUGUAUCGACUGUUAUCUCGAUGCUCAAGAGCGAGAUUGUUGAUCUUCCUAAUCCGAAACAGCCAGCAUUCACUGAAAGGCAAAUCUUGAAUAACACAAACUCUUCUCCUAUGAAUUCUACUAACAAAAUUACUAUUACAGUUCUUGAAGGCAGAUAAUGAUUGUACUAUUUAAAGCACAUACAUUUUUAUGAAUAUGUUUUCUAGGUUUUAUGCUACACUAACUAAAACUAAUUGGCUAUGAUAUGCUUUGAAUUAUAAUUUUUUGUAUGGUAUAAACUAAGCUAACUGAUAUUCUUGUAUGGAUGGUCCGAGUUUGCUUCGGAGAUUGUUCAAUAAAAUGCCAGAGAGACAGAGACCUUAAGUCUGGAA